AUGGUUGAGCCUAACGAAAUAUAGAAUAUUGAAAAUUUUGAGCAGAUGCGUACUCGAAUUCAGCAGCAUUUGAUCACACUAGAAUAACUGGAAAACGAAAGAGAAGAAGGAUUAGCUAUGAUUAAUCAAAUGGAGGAUGGAUAGUUUUCUUAUUCAAGUGAAACUACAAAUGAAAGAUCAGAGUCUUCAAUAGUGCAGCCCGAGUAGCAAAAUACGGAAAAUGUUUCAAGAGAAUAGAGCGCUUAAAAUCAUAGUGAAAAUAUACAAGAACAAGAAGGAGAAAGAACAGAGGAGUAUUUAUAUUUUGAUUAAUUUGGGUCAUUAGAGACUACAGAGCAGUUGAUUUAAGUUAUGAGUGUUGAACAAAAUCAGUAAAAUAUAGAAGAGGAAGAUGAGGACUCAAUGGAACUUAACAUCUAAGAAAACGCUUAAAUUGAUUCAUAGUUAACAAAUGAUAAUACACAAGAAGAUUAAAGUUCAUCCAGUAACUAGGGACAAGCUAAUUCUGUACAAAAUUUAGAAUAGGAGAAUGACGCAUUUUAUAAUGCUCUGGGAAUAUUUAACACAUAAGCAAUUUAAGAAUCAUUAAGAACAAUGAAUAGAAAUAAUUCAACCACUGAAAACAGCAAUGCUUAAAGAGCAGUUUAAGAUUAAAGAUAAAAUUUCCCAACUUUGAGUCAAAUGCUUUAACAAUAGUUACACCCCUAAAGUUUAAGAUUAAACAACUAUAACAGUUUACCUAGAAUACCUCCUCAAAGGACCAUCGCUGAUAGGGAAUAGAUAAAUAUCACAGAUGAGAAUGAGGCUUUGAUGAUUUUAAUGGAAGAAGACUAUGAGAGGACUUUAUACUACAAAAACAAUGUAAUACUUAACCAGCCAGAAUUUCUGAGUAAAAAUGCGCAUCCCAAUUGGAAAAAUGAGAUUGAGGAUAUUUUCAGCAAAUUAAGCUAAAAGUAAAAAGAUUUGAUAAAGGAUAGUGGCCCUCUAACUUUACUUGUGUAAACUAGACUCUUAAGACUAGUUGAAAAUGGAAGCAUUGAUUUAGGUUAGGAUGACAACUAAAGUGAAGUGGAGUCAGAGGAUUUGUUAGACAGAAGUCGGAAAUAGGUUUUAAUCCCUGUGAAAGGAAUCAACAUAUACCAAUAUCUCAGUGAAAGAAUAGUGAACAUCAUAAAGUCUUACUAAAGAGGAUAUUAUAACAAAGAGAAUGUGCUUCCCUCUAUACAGGAAAUCAAGUAUACAAUUAAGAAUAGACUUAUUUAUGAGAAGGAAUCUGUACUGUAUAAAAUCAUCCUUGACUAUUAUUUUGCGCUUUAUAUGAUGGAUAAUAGUCACGUAUCACUGAGUAACUGCAUUAGAAAUUUCAUGGGAUCAGCUAUUAGAUUUUACAAGUAGCUUGAAGAUAAGCAGUUUAAAGUAAUACAAAGAGAGUAGAGGUAGAUUUUGAAUAUCAUAAGAAUGAAGUAUCAAGCUUGCCACAUGAAUGGCAAUAUGCCUUUACAAGAACGAAUAAAGAUGUAUAAUAGCAUUUUUCAAUACAAGGAUGGCUCCAGGAAUGUUAAAAAGUGUGACUACAUUUAACUCUACUAGCAAAAAUAGAUUAAAAUCAAUAAUCUCUACAAAUGA